AUGAGUUUGAUGUUUAGAGCAGAAGGAAAGGAUUUACGCCUUGAACGAGAACAGGCCGCCUUUCGAGGAACGCCGCGUUAUGCAAGCAUCGCAGCACUGAGUAUGAAAGAGCAGUCUCGCAAAGAUGAUUUGGAGUCGUGGUGGUAUAUGAUAGUCGAACUGAUGGUUGGGCAUUUACCUUGGCAAGAUGUGCAGCGAAAUCACUUAGAAGAAUUCAAGACGAUGAAGAAGAAUGUUCGACAGCCAAAGAACCUCAAAAUAGUAAGUAAUUAAGC